GAGGGGGGGAGGGGGGCACAGCGCAGCGGCAGCGGCGGCAGGGGAAGCAGUCCAAGGAGAUAUGUCGUCACUCAGCCGGGAGCUCGUGUUCCUCAUCUUGCAGUUCCUGGAUGAGGAGAAAUUCAAGGAGACGGUGCACAAGCUGGAGCAAGAAUCUGGCUUCUUCUUCAACAUGAAGUACCUUGAAGAUCAGGUCCAGAAUGGGGAGUGGGACGAGGUGGAGAGGUACUUGUCUGGCUUCACCAAGGUGGAUGACAAUCGCUACUCCAUGAAGAUUUUUUUGGAGAUAAGAAAGCAAAAGUACCUGGAGGCCUUGGACAGGCAAGAUAGAGCGAGGGCAGUGGAGAUACUAGUCAAGGACCUCAAAGUGUUUGCGUCCUUCAACGAAGAUCUGUACAAGGAGCUUACACAGCUUCUUACGCUGGGAAACUUCAGAGAAAACGAACAGCUGUCCAAGUAUACGGACACGAAAUCUGCCCGGAACAUAAUGCUAUUGGAGCUUAAGAAACUGAUUGAGGCCAAUCCUUUGUUCUGGGAGAAGCUUGCAUUUCCGGGGCUCAAAGCGUCACGGCUCCGAACGCUGAUUAAUCAAAGCCUCAAUUGGCAACAUCAGCUUUGCAAGAAUCCUAGGCCCAACCCAGAUAUCAAAACUCUGUUUGUAGAUCAUACCUGUGGCGCGCCGAAUGGAGCCCGCGCGCCACCACCAGCAAACAGUACCUUGGUCGGGAGUCUUCCGAAAGGUGGCGGGUUCCCCCCCUUGGGUGCGCACAUCCCUUUCCAACCAGCGGCCCCUACAGCUAGUGCACUUGCAGGCGGGAUGGCCAAUCCAAAUCCUCCGUCACAUCCAGGUGUUGUUGGAGAGCCUGCUGCUCUCGCCGGAGCUCUGAACCCAGCUGCAAUGCUAGAGCGACCCAGGACGCUUCCGCCAGCCACUACGGUUGAUUUCCAGACGGCUGAUUCCGAGCACCUAAUGAAGCGAAACCGACCUGUUGUGGAAGAGGUGAACUUUCCGGGACCAAACAUUCAGCAAGCGUCAUACACGAUAGAUGAUAUUCCAAAGACUGUUGCGAGGACCAUCAACGAGGGUUCCUGUGUUGCGACAAUGGACUUCCACCCUUUGCAGCAAGUCAUUCUUUUAGUUGGUACAAUUGUGGGUGAAAUUGCUAUUUGGGAUGUGGCCACGCGGGAACGCCUCGCGCUGAAAACGUUCAAAGUCUGGGAGGUUUCAACUGCUCUCGUUGAAGACCCAGCAGUUGCUGUUACGAGGGUUGUUUGGAGUCCAGAUGGAAAUUUUAUAGGGGUGGCUUUCAAUAAGCACAUUGUUCAGGUUUAUCAGUAUUUUGGAGGCGUCGAGCUACGGCAGCAAGUGGAGAUUGAUGCGCAUGUGGGGAGUGUGAACGAUCUUGCAUUUGCCCAUCCAAACAAGCAACUGUGCAUUAUUUCUUGUGGCGAUGACAAAACGAUCAAGGUGUGGGAUGCGGUGAGUGGUCGCAACAAAUACACUUUUGAGGGUCACGAAGCGCCAGUGUACUCUGUUUGUCCGCAUCACAAGGAAAGUAUACAGUUCAUAUUUUCUGCAGCAAUGGACGGCAAAAUCAAGGCGUGGCUGUACGAUUGCUUUGGUUCACGGGGUGACUUGGAUGCGCCUGGAAGUUGGUGCACAACAAUGGCCUACAAUGGCACAAGGCUCUUUUCGUGCGGAACUAGCAAGGAGGGUGACUCAUUCCUUGUCGAGUGGAAUGAAAGUGAAGGGGCUAUCAAACGCACGUACAUUGGAUUCCGUAAGAGAAUGCCAAACGUUGUCCAGUUCGACACUAGGAACUGCUUUCUAGCGGUUGGGGACGAGUUCUCGGUCAAGUUCUGGGACAUGGACAACAUAAACUUAUUGACCUCCAUCGAUGCCGACGGCGGAUUGCCUGCUUGCCCGCGAAUUCGUUUCAACAAAGAAGGCUCUUUACUCGCAGUAACAACAAUCGACAAUGGUUUCAAGAUUUUGGCUAAUGCAGAUGGCUUGCGGCUUGUACGGUCUUUUGAGGGUAACAAAGUACCUCCGGAAACAAAGGGGAACGUUGCAAGUGCAUCAGGCAGCGGGGUUGUGGCCAUUGACAGACCAGUUUCGCAACCGGUACCCUUUACUGGAGGGAACGGCAUUGAAAAUGGACGCCCGGAGACAAAACCCCGAACUACAGACGACUCAAACAAACUGUGGAAGCUAACUGAAAUUGUGGAACCCUCUCAUUGUCGUGCAUUAAAGCUGCCAGAUACUCUACCAGCAAGCAAGAUAUCAAGACUUACCUUCACAAACAAUGAUCUGGGCUUAUUAGCGCUCGCUUCUAGUGCAGUUCACAAGGUUUGGAAAUGGUCUCGCAAUCCACUUGGAAGAGAAACUGCUAGUUUUCCACCACAACUAGCCCAGCCAUCAAGUGGGAUUCUCAUGACCAAUGAUACGACCGAGAACAAUCCGGAAGAAGCUGUGCCUUGCAUUACCUUGUCAAAGAAUGACUCUUACGUGAUGCUAGAAGGGUGCUCUUGAGAAGGGAGGAGUUUAGAAGUUUGACUCGUGACACAAAUGAAAAUCCAAAGGCCAAUCCAAUGCACUAUUUAAGUGCAAAUGAGACUUUAACCUCAGUUUCCUUUGGAGUGAUUGGUGAUAUUUCUUUUCAAUCGAAUAUUCAAUGAAUUGAGAGGC